AUGAAUAAAAUUUCGUGUGAAUAUAAAAGGAACUUUUAUAUCUUGUCGACAGGUGGCGCUAAGAGCACAACACAACAGUCGUCUCCAAUGUACUCUACCCUAAAUUGUAGUAGCUUUGGGAACGUGCAGGUUAAAGUAAUCAACGGCGACAUAACAAAACAAAAGACAGAUGCAGUAGUUGUACCUGCAGACAAGUCUUUAGACUUAAGUAAAGGUAUAGUUGCUAGCACAAUAUUGAAAACCGGAGGAAAGGUGAUACAGGAUGAACUAAAAAAAAUGCAUCCCAAAGGAUUAAAAGAUUAUAAUUUUGCAAGAUGCAUCAAUGGAAACCUGAGCUGUAAAACAUUGUAUUUUACAUGUUUGCCCCACUACACUGACACAGAUCUCGAAACUGUAAAAAACAUGCUAAUAGAAAUCUUGUCAGAGGCAGAAUCCAGCCAAUAUAGCUCACUGUCUCUGCCCUGUAUCGGAACUGGAAACCUAGCAUAUCCAGCAAUGGAAUCAAAGCGUAUAAUUGUGGAAGCUAUCAAAAAAUUUUCAAAGACAAAUCCAAAAUAUCUACAUGAUAUAUAUAUUGUAGUUCAUCAUUCAGACGCUGGCUCUCUCCAGGAGUACGCAAAAGGAUUGAAAAUAGAAAGCACGUUGACACAAAUUUUUAACUAUAUUGGUUUCGGUAAAAGCAAUGAACCCAAGACCACUGAAAACUCAACUUAUCAGCAUGGAAAUGUUACUCUGACCUUAAAACUGGGUGACCUUACACGAGAAUCUUGCGAUGCUAUAAUGUGUUCAGUUUCUGAAAACAUGGACUUUCAAAAUUCAGGGCUGCUUUGCAAAAAAGUGGUAGAGAUGUGUGGCUCUGAGUUUGUUAAGGAAUGCAAAAAGAAAGGAAAUGACAUGCGACAAAGGGGAUUUAUUGCAAUGCCGUGCAAAAACUGGAAAUUAAAGUGCUUGCAAUUGUUUCUAUUGAAUUUGAAUCGAUAUGACCAUUGUUGGGACGUUGGAGUGUAUGAAAUAUUGGAAAAGGCUGAUGAGAUGGGAUUAACAACAAUAGCUUUACCUUUAUUCGGUGCAGGUUAUGAUGACAAUGUUAUAAAUGACAUUAGGACCGUGAUUCAUACAUUUGGAAUGAGCAAUCCUAAAAAUUUGAAAGAUGUAAUACUAUCACUAUAUACUAAGGAUAUUUACAACAAGAUUGAUAAUCUUUGCCGAGGUAAAUUUUUUACACUUACUGAGCAAUAG